AAACCUUUCACCCACCAACCACUUACGAUAUUAUACUCACUGACGCGCGGUCAGGAUUCAUUUUAUUUGCCCGCGAAUGACUGUGAAUGAGCGCAGUGAAACACAAUGUCGGUCUUCCUUGUACUUUUGAGCUGGACCUCUCAGGCGCUGACGUUUCUGUUAUUUUUGCUUUUAAUAGCGUUUCUCAGUUACUGCGUGUAUGUUCAACAUUGUCAUAUGAAAUAUGACCACAUACCUGGGCCACCGAGAGACAAUUUUUUCCUCGGACAUUCGCCCACUCUUUUGAGGAUUAUGAAAAAUGACGGCGUGGUUCACGACACGUUCCUCGAGUGGGCCGAACGCUACGGGAGUGUGUACAGGUUAAACAUUCUCCAUUACGUCACGAUGGUCGUCUCCAGUCCAGAGGCAACAAAGGAAGUCAUGAUGUCCCCAAAGUACCCCAAAGACAAAUUUGUCUACAAGAAACUUUUCAGCCUGUUUGGCCAAAGGUUUUUUGGUAAUGGCCUGGUAACGGCACAGGACCACGAGCAGUGGUACAAACAGCGGCGAAUAAUGGACCCUGCUUUCAGCAGCACGUAUUUGCGAGGUCUGAUGGGCACCUUCAAUGAGAGGGCAGAGAAGCUGAUGAAUAAGAUUGGUGAUAUUGCUGAUAGAAAUGCCGAGGCCAAGAUGCUCAGCUUAUUCAACUCUGUUACCCUUGAUGUUAUUGCUAAGGUAGCUUUUGGUGUGGAUUUGGACCUGGAGAACAAAAGUUCGCCCUUCCCUAAAGCUAUUGAGAUAUGUAUGAAAGGGUUGACGGUCUACGUGCGAGACGUCUUAUUUGCUUGGAAACCGAGCAACCGACAGUAUAUUAAUGAAGUGAAGAAAGCUGGCCAACUGCUGCGUUCAACUGGAGCUCAGUGGAUCAAUGACAGAAAGGCUGCCUUGCGAAACGGUGAGGACGUCCCCAAGGACAUCCUCACGCACAUCAUCAAAAGUGCAGACAAAGAGGAGGUCAUGACUGAAGAAGAUGAGCAGCUGAUGUUAGACAAUUUUGUGACUUUCUUCAUUGCGGGGCAAGAAACAACUGCCAAUCAACUUGCUUUCUGUGUAAUGGAACUAGCAAGACACCCAGAGAUACUGGAGAAAGUAAAGAAAGAAGUGGAUGAUGUCAUUGGGGUGAAACAGGAAAUAAGCUCUGACAACCUGGGGGAACUGAUCUAUCUCUCACAGGUGUUAAAAGAGACUCUGAGGAUUUAUCCAACAGCUCCAGGAACAUCUCGUGAUGUACCUGUAGACAUGGUCAUCGAUGGGAUCCACGUACCUGGAGGAGGAACCUACGUGUUUAGUUCCUAUGUGACUGGGAGACUGGAAAAAUUCUUCAAGGACCCACUGACAUUUGAUCCAGACAGAUUCCACCCGGAUGCUGCUAAGCCUUAUUACUGCUACUACCCCUUUGCCCUCGGUCCACGCUCGUGCCUGGGACAGAACUUUGCUCAGAUGGAGGCUAAGGUGGUGAUGGCUAAGCUGCUCCAGAGGUUUGAUUUCACCCUCGUCCCCGGACAGUCGUUCGACAUCCAGGACACUGGCACCCUCAGACCGAAGAGUGGGGUAGUGUGUUCUGUCAAACACAGGAAAUAACAUAACAUAUUAGUUGAUGAUUUUAUAAACAUUUGUAAUUAUUAUAAUUUUUCUUACUGUUUUUCUAAACACUCAUUUUAAUUAGGUUACAGUGUCAUUAGUACUGCUGAGCUGACAGUUUACCUCAGUGUAAUUGCUCUUCAUUUAAAACUAACUUACAUUUCUUAGAAAUUCAUUUAAAAAUGUAUUUAAUCAUUGAAUCAUUGGAUGUAAUUCCUGACACACUCAGUUUACUAUGCAGUGAUUUUCAACAUUUAUAGUUAAUGAUCUAUACUGCAGCAAGUGGUGGUCACUUUGAUGUUCACUUUUUUGUGCAUUACCAUAUACAGCCAUUGUUUAAUGAGUAAUUCUUUGUAAUACAUUGAUAUAAUAAAUCACAUUAAUAAUCCAUUACUACAACUAUACCUGAUAAGGACAUAGUUUGUUAGAUGCUGUUUUAGACCAGUGUAUUUUUGUAUUUCCAUAAUACAGAGGGCCUAAAUAACAACAUGGAGUAUAUCAGAUAGUUUAAAGUCCACUUUGCGGAAUAUUGUGCAAUAUGUGACUGAACUCUGACUCUUUAUCGCUCCUUAAAUGUGCUCACUGACAAAAGGGAAUUUUAUACUCCUCUGCAAUGCAAUUGAUCCUUGUUCAGACUAACACUUAAUAUAUAUAUGUAAGACUACAGUUCCAUAAUCCUGCUCUUGCUCUAAAUCCUCCUAGAUGGCACUGUUGCACUACACAAAGGCUGAGCCCAAGUGUGUGUCGAAGGACCCACAGACAGAGGUUAUGUUGAUGUACAGGGUUACAGUUUGGUAAUUGGUGACAUUGUUGUACUGCACAUUGUUUCUAGGUUGUGGCAUCUUUGAUUAAGACACUGACGAUAACAUCUGUGGAAUCAGUCGCCGAGGCUUUAUUCCUUUUUGUUUCCACUCAAGGUUGUAACCUUGAUUGUGUAAUAAUGAAACAUCAGUCUGGUCAGUUGUUGCCAUGUGUGCACAAAGACAGUUCAACUCCCAUCCAUUCCAAACCUGAUAGAGGCGAUAAGUAUCCAGCUUUAAUAGGUUCAGAGGCAGGGUUAAAAGAAAAAUGGAUCUGAUCGCAUUGAUACAGAUGCUGCAAGGAGCCUUAAAGUGAUAGUUUCGGGUUUGUUGACGUGUGAUUGUAUGAUGUACAGACACAUGUCAAAAUAUCGCUGCCAAACUCAUUUCAUUCACCUAAAGGUCCAGUGAUUAACAUCUAGGAGGGUUUAAUGGCGGAAAUAUACUUACCCAUUAAUAUGUUUCCAUAAAUGAAUAAUCAGUUUUAAAUAAAAGCUUGAAUAAGCCUUGAA